CUAUAUCAUUGAAGUUUGCUGGUAGCAUUAUCAAAUGGGACUAUCCUUACUAGAGUGAGAGUUUAAUAUCCAAGAUACUUUGAAGAAACAGYUAUAGUUUGCCAUGGCAACACCUGAAUGGGACUACGAUAAAAAAGGCCCAAGUGACUGGCACAACCAUUACCCUGCAGCAUCAGGCAAACGACAGUCCCCCAUAGACAUCAAUACUGCAGACGCAAAAUAUGACAGCUCUUUGAAACCCUUGUCCAURAAGUACUCCCCAGAUGACGACUUCCAAGUUGUUAAUAACGGUCGCUCUGUCACCAUUUCAAAGAAGAAAAUGACUGGUCAUCAACUAAGUGGUGGACCUCUGGAGCACAGGUAUCGCUUUGAACAGUUCCAUUUUCACUGGGGAAAAACAUCAGAGGCUGGCUCCGAACAUCUGAYCGAUAGUAAAGCCUUCCCUGCAGAGCUUCACCUUGUGCACUGGAACACAGAACUUUUCAAGAGCUUUGGUGAUGCAGCUACGAAAAAUAAAGGCUUGGCUGUGCUUGGCUUUUUUGUCCAAAUUGGAGAAGACAUAAACCCAGGUUUGAAGACCAUCACAGAUUUCCUACCUCAAGUUGAGAACAUUGGAGAGAAGAAAGAUUUUAAAGGCUCUUUCAACUUGGAGUCCUUACUUGCAGGCAACACAAAGGAUUACUGGACCUACGACGGGUCACUCACUACUCCUCCAUGCGCUGAGAGUGUCACAUGGUUUGUAUUCAAGACGCCAAUCCAAGCCACGGAGGAGCAGAUGAAACAAUUCCGCAACCUCAAGGAAAGUGAUACAGAAAGGCUCUGUGAUAAUUAUAGGCCUGUUCUACCUUUGAAUGGGCGUGUUGUCAAGUCUUCUUUUAAGUAAAGAAUAUCUUGUGUGCGCAAGAAAUGGUAGUAAUUGCUUAGGUUUCUUCCAAAUAAAUGCAAUGGGGUCUUAGAA